AUUACUUAAAAUUUUGACUGCUGCACAUUCUGUUUUUACUUUCUUUGACAGCAGAUAAAGAUAUUUGGCUUGGCUAGCAAAAUUUGACGUUUGAUAAUAUUUAAUUUAGUCGUGUUUGUGCAUUAGAAUCGUCAGUGUUUUUGAGCAAGAUGGAAAAGACUGAUGCUGUUCUAUUAAAUUUUGUUCUUGAAGUGAUUGAAUUGUAUAAAAGGCUUCCAGCUCUGUGGAAUGUGAAAUGCAUGGAGUAUAAGGAUAAAUAUGAAAAAGAAAAACAAUAUAAUAUAUUGCUGACUAAAUAUAGAGAAAGAUUUCCUACAGCUGACAAACGUGAGCUUACAGCAAAAAUAAAUCUAUGGCGGACUAAUUGGCGACGCGAACAUAAACGUUUGUUUGAACUAAAUCAAAAUGUGGUUCGUGAAGAAGAUUUAAACAAAUCAACUGCAUGGUAUUAUGAACCAUUAAGUUUCCUUCAAAUAAUAGACAAUAUACCUACUUUGCCAGUUAUUAUUAAGGAUUGCAACGAAGAAAGUUAUAUUAAGUUGGAGCCAGAUGUUUUCUUAUCUGAAACCAGAGAUUGGAACAAUUCAAAUGCUAAAACUGUAGUUGAUCCUAAUCCAUUAAGUUUACUACAACCAGUGUUUGAAACAAAAGAUCCUUUAACAUCUAAAAGAAUUGAAAUAAAGAAAAAAGGAAGAGUAAAUACCGUAGUUAAAAGAAAUUUAACACAAUUAAAACAAUCGCGAUCAAAAAUGAAAAAUAAAAUUCAAGAGAGACCAAUUAUUAUUGUAGAUUCUUCGGUUAAGGCAAACUCAUCAAACUCAUCUGAAUUGAAACUGUCCAACGAAAAUCGAGAUCAAAUAUUUAAAACAAUUAAAGAGAAAAACGAGAAAAGCUCACAAAAAGCAAAUAAAUUGAAAUCCAUGCAGUUAAAAAGAGAAAAUGAAAAUCUUAAGAUAUCUACAAUAAGUAUACCUCAAAAAAAGCGAAGAGAGAAUGAAGAUUUUGAGCCAAAUGUUGCUAGUUCUUCUAGAUUAAUUCAAUCACACCCAGAACAACAGGAGAAUUUAUUAUCAUGGAAUCCAGUAACUGAGGUCAACGAUGUCAGUCUAUCAAAACGAAUGCAGCCACAGUCACAGGAAUGCAAUAAAAUUGCAGAUGUUUGGGCAACUAAGUUGCAGAAAAUGUCUCCACAACAACAGAUAUUCGCAGAAAAAUUCGUUAAUGAAAUAUUAUUUGAGGGUCAGAUGGGCACUCUUCAUCGAAACUCAAUGUCUUUAAUGUAAAAAUAUUUAAUAAUUCUUAAACAUCCUAAAUAAUGUUAAAUUAGUAUGAGUUAGUUGCACAACAAAGCUACUAUAUGUACAGAACCUCACGAUGCUUUAAAUAAUCAUCAUAAUUUGGAUACGAAUUUUAAAAGUAAUCUCGCACUUGUACAUUUGAUAACUGACGCCAUAUGUUGUGAAUCACAUUAUGCCGAU